UUUGACAAGAUGUCGGUGAAGGAGGGUGCACAGCGCAAGUGGGUGGCGCUGAAGGAGAAGCUGGGGCCGCAGGACUCAGACCCCACGGAGGCCAACCUGGAGAGCGCAGAGCCCGAGCUGUGUAUCCGGCUGCUGCAGAUGCCCUCCGUGGUCAACUACUCGGGCCUGCGCAAGCGGCUGGAGAGCAGCGAUGGCAGCUGGAUGGUGCAGUUCCUGGAGCAGAGUGGCCUGGACCUGCUGCUUGAGGCGCUGGCGAGGCUGUCGGGCCGCGGGGUGUCGCGCAUCGCCGAUGCCCUGCUGCAGCUUACCUGUGUCAGCUGCGUGCGCGCCGUCCUGAACUCGCAGCCAGGCAUCGGGUACAUCCUCAGCAACCAGGGCUACGUGCGCCGGCUCUCCCUGGCCUUGGACACAUCUAACGUGAUGGUCAAGAAGCAGGUGUUUGAGCUGCUGGCCGCCCUGUGCAUUUACUCACCUGAGGGCCAUGCGCUGACACUGGAUGCCCUGGACCACUACAAGAUGGUGUGCAGCCAGCAGUACCGCUUCAGUGUCAUCAUGAGUGAGCUGUCCGACAGCGACAACGCGCCCUAUGUCGUCACCCUGCUUAGCGCAGUCAAUGCCAUCAUCCUGGGCCCCGCAGACCUCCGCACCCGCACCCAGCUUCGGAGCGAGUUCAUCGGGCUGCAGCUGCUGGACGUUCUGAACCGGCUGAGGGACCUGGAGGAUGCCGACCUGCUGAUCCAGCUGGAGGCCUUUGAGGAGGCCAGGGUGGAGGACGAGGAGGAGCUGCUGCACGUGUGUGAUGGCAUCAACAUGAACAGCCACCAGGAAGUCUUCACCUCGCUCUUCCACAAGGUGAGCUGCUCCCCAGCAUCGGCCCAGCUGCUGUCUGUGCUGCAGGGCCUCCUGCACCUGGAGCCCUCAGGCAGCUCCGGCCAGCUGCUCUGGGAGGCCCUGGAGAGCCUGGUGAACCGGGCCGUGCUCCUGGCCAGCGACGCCCAGGAGUGCACCCUGGAGGAGGUGGUCGAGCGGCUGCUGGCUGCCAAAGGGCGGCCCCGUCCGAGCCCCCAGGACCGGGCCCACAAAAGUGUCCAGGCUGACCUCGACCGGAGCCAGAGGGACAGGCCUCCCAAAACCAUUGCCCCUGGGGCUGUGGACACCCCGCAGCCAGCAGUGGCUCCUGCCUGCCAGCAGGUGGCCAGCACCCAGAGCUCCAACGUGACAGCCACACAGCCGGUGGCCCCCCAACAGCGGGCACCCCGCCCGCCCCCACCUGCACCUCCUGUCCUGGGCCCCACUCCCGAGCCCUCAUUACACCCCAUGCCAGGCCUGGGGGCUGCGUCUGCCCCAGUGCCCCCCCCUCCCCCCCUGCCCAGCCUGGGGAGCCCGUUUUUCUCGGCACCCCCACCUGCACCCCCUUUGCCUGGCUGUGGCAGCGCCCUGCCCCCACCUCCUCCUCCACUUCCGGGCACAGGGUGUCCACCCCCUCCCCCUCCCCUGCCCCCUGGAGUGGGCUGGGGCCCCGGCAUCUCUGGGCUCCCCAUGGCAGCUGGCAUGGAGGAGGUCAUUGUGGCCCAGGUGGACCACGGCCUGGGCUCCACCUGGGUCCCCAGCCACCGCCGGGUGAACCCCCCAACGCUGCGCAUGAAGAAGCUCAACUGGCAGAAGCUGCCAUCCAAUGUGGCCCAAGAGCAAAACUCCAUGUGGGCCACGCUGAGCGGGCCGGGCACCCAGCAGGUGGAGCUCGACUUCUCCAGCAUCGAGCGCCUCUUCUCCUUCCCCACCGCCAAGCCCAAGGAGUGCACCACCGCCCCCACCAGGAAGGAGCCCAAGGAGGUUACUUUUCUGGACCCCAAGAAGAGCCUGAAUCUCAACAUCUUCCUGAAGCAGUUUAAACGCUCCAACGAGGAGGUCACUGCCAUGAUCCGGGCCGGAGACACGGCCAUGUUCGACGUGGAGGUUCUCAAACAGCUCCUGAAGCUACUGCCAGAGAAGCACGAGAUUGAGAACCUGCGGACAUUCACAGAAGACCGAGCCAAGCUGGCCAGCGCCGACCAGUUCUACGUCCUCCUGCUGGACGUCCCUUGCUACCAGCUGCGGAUCGAGUGCAUGCUGCUCUGUGAGGGCACGGCUGUCAUGCUGGACAUGGUGCGGCCCAAGGCCCAGCUGGUGCUAAACGCCUGUGAGAGGCUGCUCACCAGCCACCGGCUGCCCAUCUUCUGCCAGCUGAUCCUGAAGAUCGGGAACUUCCUCAACUACGGCAGCCACACGGGGAACGCUGACGGCUUCAAGAUCAGCACUCUGCUGAAGCUCACAGAGACCAAGUCCCAGCAGAGCCGUGUGACCUUGCUGCACCAUGUGCUGGAGGAAGUGGAAAAGAGCCACCCAGACCUCCUGCAGCUGGCUGGGGACUUGGAGCAGCCAUCCCAAGCAGCAGGGAUCAAUGUGGAGAUCAUCCGCACAGAGGCCAGUGCUAACCUGAAAAAGCUGCUGGACACAGAACGGAAGGUGUCCGCCUCAGUACCCGAGGUGCAGGAGCAAUACAAGCAGCGCCUGCAAGCCAGCAUCACCACCUGCCAAGAGCUGAACUCGGUGUUCGAGGCCAUUGAGCAGAAGAAGCUGGAGCUGGCAGACUACCUGUGUGAAGACCCCCAGAAGCUAUCUCUGGAGGACACGUUCAGCACCAUGAGGACCUUCCGGGACCUCUUCACAUGUGCCCUGAAGGAGAACAAGGACAGGAAGGAGCAAGUGGAGAAGGCAGUGAGGAGGAAGCAGCAGCUGGCGGAGGAGGAGGCACGAAGGCCCCAGGGCGGGGACAGGAAGCCUGGGAGGAAGGCGCCUGGGAGGCAGGAGGAGGUGUGUGUGAUCGAUGCCCUGCUGGCGGACAUCAGAAAGGGCUUCCAGCUUCGCAAGACGGCCCGUGGCCGAGGAGACGCCGAAGGGCUCAGCAAGGUGGCCGCCGUGGACCCCGUCAGGCCCCGGGAGCCUGCAGCUGCCAGUGACACUGCGCAGGGCCCCGCAGGUGGCACAGGUUGCCCUGCCCCGGAUCUGGACCUUCGCGUCACAGUGACCAGUGAGCCACAGGGCUGGGACCUUGGGGAUGCUGUGAGCCGCAGCCCGGUGCCCCCUGGGGAGGAGAGCGGCCUACCACGCCUGGAGCGGCGCUCCUCCUGGUAUGUCGAUGCCCGUGAUUUUCUGGAUGCCGAGGACGCCCUGAACGUCUGCCCCUCCAAGGAGGCCUGUCCGGUGGCCCUGGGAGACUCACAGGCCCUGAAGCCUCUGCAGUUCUCCAUCGAGAAGCCCCUGGGAUCACAGAGUUCAGGACCCCAGGAUCACGAGAACCCUAAGGCCUCCCAGGGUGUCCACCAGGCCAAGGCAGACAGCACAAGCCUGGCACCAGAGGACAUAGGACCGAGUGGGGAUGAGGACAGGGAGGACACAGCCCCAGAGUCUGCACUGGACACAUCCCUGGACAAGUCCUCUGAGCACGCAGUGACAGACUCGUCCGGGUCUGGCACCCUCCCCAGGGCCCAGGCCUGGGGCCGGGCCUCAAAGGGCUCCAGCAGGCGGAGGAAGAAGCACCCCUCCAGGAGCCAGGAGGCAGAGCUUGCCCCUGGUUCUGAUGAUAAUAAAACAAAAAGGCUGUGUGUGGUCCAGUGAGGUGCCUCCCAGCGAAUGUGGACAGGACCACCGGGGGCCAUGUGGCCUGAAGGGCUGAGGUGAAGCCAGGCGCCCCAUGAGAGGUCAAGAGGGCCUGACCCCAUCUGAGCUUGGCGAGAGCUCAGGGCCCACUUGGCGCCCUGCCCCUCCUCACACCAGGCUGAGGCUCCGGCAGGGGCACAGGGAUGAGGUCUGUGGGAGUGGGGACGGGACCCGAGGGCCUUCCACUGAGCUAUGCCCCCAGCCCUUCUUAUAUUUUAUUCUGAGACAGGUAGGUACCAGGUACCAGUCAGUCAUUAGGUUGCCCAACCGGACUCUGAUCUCUCCGGAGUGCUGGAUGACAGGUGUACCGCCUGGCUGAGGACUGAUAGCUAUGCUUGGCGCUACUGUUAUGGCCUGAGCCUUUGCCCCUGGCUUGGUUUCUGGUCUUGGACCCUGAUCUGAAGCCCUAGCCCAUUUUCUUGAAGGGCUGUGGCAUCCCCUGAGGUGGGAAUGUGGCCUCGGAGCCCUCCAGCAGCUGUGCCCGGAGUGGGGACAAUGGUGUCCUGCUGCCUGUGGCAUGGAAGGCCACGUGGCCACCGUCCUGUAAUAGGUGCUGGGCCCAGUGCCACGUGUGCCCCACCCUUGGGGUCACCUCGGGGAGCGGCCAUCUGGGUGGCCACAGGCAGGGGAAGAAACCCCACUGCCUGUCUCCUAGCUUCUCUUUUGGACAGACCUGAACUCAGCAUCUGAGAGAGAUCAGAGCAAACUGCACCAUCUCCCUGGAAUUGCAGACCUAACAGAAUUGUUCUCCCCUGGCAGCUCUGCCCCAGCUCUAGACCCUUGCAGGGUCACAAGGAUGUCCUGAUGCUUGGCCCUAGGCCCAUCCACAGGGGACUCUGAAGGCCAAGGCGAGCGUGCAGGCCACUUCAGCCACGCCACAGAGUGCUCUGAACUGAGCCAUGUGUGCAGCUGUCCAGCAGUGCCAUUGUGGCAAAUGCAUGGUGUUUUGGGAAGUCCUGUCCACAACCCCACUAAGUGGCUGUGGCACCUUGCAGUGUCCUCUGUACAGCAAGUCUGGCUGCUCUGUGUCUCUCUGACUGGUGGCCUUGCAGCCCCUGCCCACCUUGGGCCUGGCCCAUCCCCGUUCCUGUCAGAGGGCUGGCGCUGAAAUCCCACCUGCUGUGUUCUCAGCAGUUUUUUGUUUGUUGGAACUGGGGCUCAAACUCAGGACCUUGUGCUUGCUAGGCAGAUGCAGAGCCCCUGAGCUCCUUCCCCAGCCCUCUAUGAAGUUUGUUUCUGCUAGUAUUCUGCUGCUUUGGGAAAGAGGUUCUCAAACCCAAGCCUGCCGCAUCCCCCACAGACCCCAGGACUCAGGCACCAGGAUGGUGACAGGGCAGACUCAGGGAGCACAGAGCGUGCUGGGCAGAGGGUCUGCAGAGCCAGCCAGGCGUCCUGGUAAAGGCCCUGGUCCUCUGUGGGUGGAGACAGCGGGCAAGAGCUCCAGCCCGAGAGGCCCGGUGGGCACCACAGUGCAGACAGUGGGCGUGGGUUGGAGAGCCUGUAAUCACUGGGCCCUGGGGCGCAGGGACCUGGAGCCGUCCCCAGCAGGUCUGCCGGUGAUGUCCCUUCCUCUGCU